GGGAGCAGUAGUUACCGGGCUUGAAACCAGGAGCACCCAAAGCUCCUCCACUCAGAAACCGAAUUUGCUCAUAUUCUCUCCCACUCCACCCCCAGAAGGUCAGGGUCGGCCUGAAUGGUGCAUUGGUCACAGAAGAGAGAGACACAGCUCCCAACCCCGGGUCUGGAGACCCUGCAGCUGAACUUUCCACAACAGUGGUUGGUGUUUGUGCUUCUUUGAGUUCAGCUCCCCCCGGGAUCAAUGCCACAUGGCACACCAUGCUCACGGAGGGAAGCUUGUGGGUCCAGAGGAGAGCAGGCUGCCUGCCCCAGCCCAGCCUCCACCCUCAGCCCAUCGCACGCCAAGCUGAGCCAGUGAGCCACAGGAUUCCUUUUAAGAUUGGGCAGCCCAAGAAACAGAUUGUCCCCAAAACAGUGGAGAGAGACUUUGAAAGGGAGUAUGGAAAACUGCAGCAGCUGGAGGAGCAGACCAAGCGGCUGCAGAAGGACCUGAAGAAGAGCACGGAUGCUGACCUGGCCAUGUCCAAAUCCGCUGUGAAAAUAUCCUUGGACUUGCUCUCCAACCCCCUCUGCGAGCAAGACCAGGACUUUCUGAACAUGGUGACAGCCCUGGACACGGCCAUGAAGCGGAUGGAUGCCUUCAACCAGGAAAAGGUGAACCAGAUACAAAAGACCGUGAUUGAGCCCUUAAAAAAGUUUGGCAGUGUCUUCCCGAGCCUCAACAUGGCGGUGAAACGGCGGGAGCAGGCCUUGCAGGACUACAGGAGGCUGCAGGCCAAGGUGGAGAAGUAUGAGGAGAAGGAGAAGACGGGGCCGGUGCUGGCCAAGCUCCACCAGGCCCGGGAAGAGCUCCGGCCCGUGCGGGACGACUUUGAGGCCAAGAACAAGCAGCUCCUGGAUGAGAUGCCACGGUUCUACAACAGCCGCCUGGACUACUUCCAACCCAGCUUCGAGUCCCUGAUCCGCGCACAGGGCUACACAUGCGGCAUAUGGAAGCUCCCAAUCAAGGGGGUCCACUCAGAGUCGCAGCUGUCAGCCUACACCACAGCCACAGCAACGGGGGAUCUGAGCCGCACCUGUGACCUACGCUGCAGCUCAGGGCAACGCCAGAUCCUUAAGCCACUGAGCGAGGCCAGGGAUCAAACCUGCAACCUCAUGGGUACCAGUCAGGCAUACCACCACCCAGGAGUGGGCAGUCGUGUACUACUCGGAAAUGCACAAGAUCUUUGGAGACCUGACCCAGCAGCUCGACCAGCCUGGCCACACUGACGAGCAGCGGGAGCGGGAGAACGAGGCCAGGCUGAGCGAGCUCAGGGCCCUCUCCAUCGUGGCCGAUGACUGAGCCCAGGCCUCAGAGGACCCCCGGCACACGAGUCAGCCGCUAGUCUGCCCUUCUCAAACUUAGGCUCGGGCGUCAGCCAGCAAAGGGCCCUUCCCUGGGAGAAGUUUGGGGAUGGCAACGACUCCCACUCCACCUCCCCAGCCCUUGGGAAUGAGCCUGGCACCAGGAACCCCAAGCAGGCUGCCGUCUCCCCACCCGUAGCAAGAGCCCAGACAGGUAAGCAGUGUAGACUGUCUUAGUUCCUAAGGAACUGUCCAAAGUGCAUCCAAACCUAGGGCCAGAGCAUGGGCUUUGCUCCCUUGAGGUCUUAGCCUGGCUUGCACAGUUGGGGUCACAUCUACCUCCAGAAGGGCCACCUGGGGGAGUCACCCACCCUCAUUGCCUUUCCACCUCAGACUCCCCUUUGCUGGGAGAAGCCUGUGACAUUGCCCUGGGAACAGUGAGAGCCGUGGUCUCCCAGCCCCGCAGCAGGACAGUGGCGCUCUCAGCCCUAUGCGUCUAGUUUUAUAGGUUCCCUAGGAAACCAGGGCUCAGUGAGUGUAAAUACCCUACCAGGCAAUAUGUCACUGACUGAUUCACAGGCCUCAAAGCAAGAACAGUGGGGUUUGUGUCUCACCUGAUUAUUGGGAAUUUUAUUUUUCCAAGUAAAGUUUUCAAUAAAAUUUCCUUAUAUUAUUGUGCUGAAACUAAGGAGAGGAGGGAAGCUCCACCCCAGGGCUUUCUCAGGGCCAAUCUCCCCCCUGGGGAGCGGGCAGGACCCCACCUCCUGACCACCAGGCCAGGGAGCCCAGAGGCUGGGCGAGGGCCAGGAGGAGCAGGGAGCACAGGCAGACCUGGAAGAGGAGCAGGAGAGAGCUAUGGAGGACAUGUGGUCUGUUUUUGACUUUGGUUUAUUUAAAAAACAAAAAGCCAAAAAAAAAAAAAAAAA